GUGAUGAACUGAUCCCGUUAGCAUAUGAGUAUGAUGCAAUUAAUGCCAUUGUUAAAUUCCUGGGUCAGCCGCCAGACCAUCUUCUUAAUAAUGGACUGAGUCCAAAUCCUGGAGGCUCAAGACACAUCAGGAGUUCUGGGGACGAUGCCCUCACAGACCCCGCACUCUCAGCUGUUAUUCCUCUCUGGAUGAUCUGAAACACCUUCGUCUGGAGUCUAAAAACAAAGCAGAGGCAGUUGAGCGAGGACAGUGCAUUGAUCUUCUGGAGGCCAUGUUAGAACUGGAUCAGAAUGAGAGGAUCACUCCCAGGAAAGUCCUCACUCACCCAUUCAUUGACAAGGAUCACAACAGCUCCAACAAGAGCAGGAUCGAGAUGACCAUGAAAAAGACACAGAAAAGCACAAAUGGAAGCCUCAGCCCAGCUUCCACACAGCUUCCAACCGGUCCAAUCAUGGCUCGUCCUAAAGAUGUCAAGGGCGUCCAGAAGAUGCACCGUGAUCUGGAGAUCAGUUUGCAGACUAACAUUGACAGGAGGACAAGAAAUAUAGCACUGGCUUCUGUAAGCGAGGCACUACUUGCUAUUGCUGCUCUAGGAGAGGAUGACACCAACAGCAUCCACCCUGACCAACAUCAUCCAUCAUCUCCUGCAUGUCUUCCAUCAGGUGUGAUCCUGGUACAGCCUGCUGCACCAGAGUACACACUGCAGCUGGAAGAAGAUGAGGAGAGUGCAGUAAGUUCGAACACUGGCAUUGACAGGAAGUCAAGAAAAGCAAUAUUGGCUUCUGUAAGCGAGGAGCUGCCUGCUACUGCUGCUUCGAGAGAGGAUGACACCAACAGCAUCCAUCCUGACCAACAUCGUCCAGCAACUCCCACACGCCUUCCAUCAGGUGUGAUCCUGGUACAGCCUGCUGCACCAGAGAACACACUGCAGUUGGAAGAAGACAAGGAGAGUGCAGUCAGUUGGCAGACUGACAUUGACAGGAAGUCAAGAAAUGCAGCAUUGGCUUCUGUAAGUGAGGACCUGCCUGCUACUGCUGCUCUGAGAGAGGAUGACACCAACAGCAUCCACCCUGACCAACACAGACCAGAAACAACAGCUUGGAUAUGUCAGGAUUCCACCUCAUGUGGCACCACCAGGACCCAGGAGAGGAAGAAGAAAAAGAAGAACUGUGUCCGGCGCUUCUUCUCUUGGAUGAGGAAGACCUUCUCCUGCCACAAUGCCGUCAUCGACGAGAAUGACCAGUGAAGGUUUUCUUUCUUUUUAGCAUGACGCUCAGGAGUUGUGCUAUGAAAACCUUCACUGGUCAUUCUGAGGGCAGCACGGUGGCUCAGUGGUUAGCACUGGGGCCUCACAGCAGGAGCUCCUGGCCCUCUUCCUGUCUGUGAGGUGGGCAUGUUCUCCCCGUGACUGCGUGGGUUUUCUCCGGGUACUCCGGUUUCCUCCCACACUCCAAACACAGGCAAAUCAGGUGAACUGAACAAAAUAAAUUUAAUUUUAAUUGACUAAUACUACUCAAUGGCUGCAAGCUCAUUCUUACUUCCUACUGCCACACUACUGUGCGUACACUCACCUGUACCACUUAAGCUCUCACAUACCUUUACAUAUUUAUACUGCUUUCCAUCCUGUAUAUUAGUGCUUUCAAUAUGAGAUCGUGUUUAAGUAAGUGGAAA